AUGACCAGGCUUUCCGUCUUCCUCGGCCCGCCCGCUCUCCUUCUUGCCACCAUGAACGCGGACAGCAAAAACUCGACGAGGGAUCCUCAGGCACUCCCAUUCGACAUAUUAGAAGCUAUUUCUGACGAGAUAUCAUUUCAGAAUGAUACCGAUACGCUCCGUACGCUCUGCUUGUGCUCCCAUGCCCUCGUCCCGAUAUGCAGGAAACAUCUCUUUCAAAGCGUCGACAUAUUCAUGGUGACAGAUUCCAGCAGGGACAAAUGCAACACUUGCCUGACGCGGCUGCUUCAAACUUUGCAAUCAUGUCCAGAAAUCGCGGUCUACGUUCGUGGACUGCGCUACUACAUUGAUCGGGAUGAUUUGCAUGACCCCGUCAUCCCCCAGAUACUGAAUUAUCUCAAUCGUGUCGACAAGUUCCACUUCGAGCACAAUGCUCAAGUCGUCACGUCAUUUGAGCUCGACUGGGAGCUCGAAAUCGUUCCAGAGGCACCCCUUUUAGCCCGCGCAAUCACGAUGAUCAUUAAACAGCCCACUCUUCGUUGGUUCUACAUCUCCUACAUCGAUAACUUCCCCAUCUUCAUCCUCCGCUCGAUAUCCGGUCCAAAGCUUGCCUAUCUCAACAUCAGCCACCUACACGUAGCUGGUGACCCGAUCGGCCCCAGAAUCCGCGAGAAAUCUGUUGUCGUUUCCUCUCCGACUGGGGCCGACUAUGGGGUACAGGUGCGCCAAGAGUUCACCCCGAUUGUCUCCUCUGUCGCCAUUGGAUCCAUUGGGUCAAGCACUACCAUUAUAGAAACGAAUCCACCCCUCUUCAAUUUCUCCCAACUGGAAACCUUAACCAUUGAGGUUGGUGUUGGACUGAAGGCGGACUUGGGGGUGACAUUCGCUGCCAGGUAUUUUAACGAAGCAAAGGGCCUGAAGAACCUCCAUCUUGACGUUCCAGAUGCGGGACAUCCUUUCACUGGGCUUGCAGACUGUCUCCUGCAAGGUCCCUCUCAAUCAUUGACGACCUUCACAAUCAACGUCUUUGGCACGCUUUAUUGGUCUUUCGGCGUCCCCCAAACACCGUUCUUGGGGUUGUGCUCAGAACUGCAGAGACUCUCGGGGUUCAACGUAUUCGAGCGGCUCGAGCUUCGCUUCUCGUGCCGGCAUGCCAAUCCCCAGCGCGUUGCCGCGGAUCUCUCCGACUUCGAUCAAGUUUUCACCGCACAGGGAUAUCCCUGUCUUCGUCAAAUUGUUAUAAGGAUCUAUCUAACUAUGCACGAAGAAGACGCGCCCGGGGAUUCUGACGUCCCUCAAUUCGAGGUCGAACAUUCGGAGUUGUUUCGCAAAAGCUGCACAAAUAUUUGCGGAUUUCCGGGAGUAGAACUUCAUUGCAAAGCGGAGGCGAUUAAAUUGCACGAUGAUUGA